UGAGCCAAAGGCUGAUUUCAGGUGAUGUGCAGAUGAAUGAUUUGUGUUUCCUCUCCAGAUGAAAGUGUGUGUGAGAUGAGCAGCAUGAAUCAGUGUGAGGACAGAGAGGAGGGAGGUCCUCCCUCUAAAACCACUGGACCUGGACCUGAACCUGGACCUGGACCUGGACCUGAACCUGGACCUGAACCUGGACCUGGACCUGGACCUGGACCUGGACCUGGACCUGGACCUGGACCUGAGCCCAGCUGUGUGUCCUUCAAGAGUGACGGGUCAAACGAUCGUCUCAUUGAUUUUAAAGGACAACCAGCUCUUGCUGUAAAGAGAGUCGACCAGGAGAGCUCAGAGGUUCCCAGAGGUCCGUCUGUCCAGCAGCAUCAGACACACGUGGACUCCAUAUUUAUGCUGCUGGAGGAGAACAUUGUGACUUUUGUGAAAAACGAGCUGAAGAAGGUCCAGAAGGUUCUGAGUUCAGAUUACCCAGAAUGCUCAGAGAGUCAGAGGGAGGAUGAGGAGGAUGAAGAGCAGAGGAGGAGCAGCAGAGAGGCAUUUCUGAAGAUCACACUUCACUUCCUGAGGAGAAUGAAGCAGGAGGAGCUGGCUGACUGUCUGCAGAGCAAACAUCUUGCAGCAGUUUGUCGGCGUGAACUUAAAUCUAACCUUCAGAAGAAGUUCCAGUGUGUGUUUCAGGGGAUCGCGAAAGCAGGAAACCCAACCCUUCUGAAUCAGAUCUACACAGAGCUCUACAUCACAGAGGGAGGGACUGCAGAGGUCAAUGAUGAACAUGAGGUCAGACAGAUUGAAACAGCAUCCAGGAAACCAGACAGACCAGAGACAACAGUCAGACGAGAAGACAUCUUUAAAGCCUCACCUGGAAGAGACGAACCAAUCAGAACAGUGAUGACAAAGGGAGUGGCUGGCAUCGGGAAAACAGUCUUAACACAGAAGUUCACUCUGGACUGGGCUGAAGGCAAAGACAACCAGGACAUACAGUUCACAUUUCCAUUCACUUUCAGAGAGCUGAAUGUGCUGAAAGAGAAAAAGUUCAGCUUGGUGGAAUUUGUUCAUCACUUCUUCACUGAAACCAAAGAAAUCUGCAGCUUUGACAAGUUCCAGGUUGUUUUCAUCUUUGACGGUCUGGACGAGUGUCGACUUCCUCUGGACUUCCACAACACUGAGAUCCUGACUGAUGUUACAGAGUCCACCUCAGUGGAUGUGCUGCUGACAAACCUCAUCAGGGGGAAACUGCUUCCCUCUGCUCACCUCUGGAUAACCACACGACCUGCAGCGGCCAAUCAGAUCCCUCCUGGGUGUGUUGACAUGGUGACAGAGGUCAGAGGGUUCACUGACCCACAGAAGGAGGAGUACUUCAGGAAGACAGUCAGAGAUGAGGAGCAGGCCAGCAGAAUCAUCUCCCACAUCAAGACAUCACGAAGCCUCCACAUCAUGUGCCACAUCCCAGUCUUCUGCUGGAUCACUGCUACAGUUCUGGAGGAUGUGUUGAAGACCAGAGAGGGAGGAGAGCUGCCCAAGACCCUGACUGAGAUGUACAUCCACUUCCUGGUGGUUCAGGCCAAAUUCAAGAAGGUCAAAUAUGAUGGAGGAGCUGAGACAGAUCCACACUGGACUCCAGAGAGCAGGAAGAUGAUUAAGUCUCUGGGAAAACUGGCUUUUGAUCAGCUGCAGAAAGGAAACCUGAUCUUCUAUGAAUCAGACCUGACAGAUUGUAGCAUAGAUAUCAGAGCAGCCUCAGUGUACUCAGGGGUGUUCACACAGAUCUUUAAAGAGGAGAGAGGACUGUACCAGGACAAGGUGUUCUGCUUCGUCCAUCUGAGUGUUCAGGAGUUUCUGGCUGCUCUUCAUGUCCAUCUGACAUUCAUCAACUUCGGAGUCAGCCUACUGUCAGAUGAAGAGCAGUCAAAAUCCCGGUCGUCUAAAGUGUUCGGGGGAAAAUCAACAUGUUUCUACCACAGUGCUGUGGACAAGGCCUUACAGAGUGCAAAUGGACACCUGGACUUGUUCCUCCGCUUCCUUCUUGGUCUUUCACUGCAGACCAAUCAGUCUCUCUUACAAGGUCUGCAGACACAGACAGGAAGUAGCUCAAAAAACAAUCAGGAAACAGUCAAGUACAUGAAAAAGAAGUUCGAAGAGACUCUGUCUCCAGAGAGAAGCAUCAAUCUGUUCCACUGUCUGAAUGAACUGAACGAUCGUUCUCUAGUGGAGGAGAUCCAACAGUACCUGAGUUCAGGACGUCUCUCCACAGAUAAACUGUCUCCUGCUCAGUGGUCAGCUCUGGUCUUCAUCUUACUGUCAUCAGAAAAAGAUCUGGACAUGUUUGACCUGAAGAAAUACUCUGCUUCAGAGGAGGCUCUUCUGAGGCUGCUGCCAGUGGUCAAAGCCUCCAACAAAGCUCUGCUGAGUGUCUGUAACCUCUCAGGGAGAAGCUGUGAAGCUCUGUCCUCAGUUCUCAGCUCCCAGUCCUCUAGUGUGAUAGAGCUGGACCUGAGUAACAACAACCUGCAGGAUUCAGGAGUGGAGCAACUGUCUGUUGGACUGGAGAGUCCACAAUGUAGACUUGAAACUCUGAGACUGAGUGUCUGUAAGCUCUCAGAGAGAAGCUGUGAAGCUCUGUCCUCAGUUAUCAGCUCCCAGUCCUCUAGUCUGAGAGAGCUGGACCUGAGUAACAACAACCUGCAGGAUUCAGGAGUGCAGCAUCUGUCUAUUGGACUGGAGCGUCCACAAUGUGGACUUGAAACUCUCAGGCUGAGUGUCUGUAACCUCUCAGAGAGAAGCUGUGAAGCUCUGUCCUCAGUUCUCAGCUCCCAGUCCUCUAGUCUGAGAGAGCUGGACCUGAGUAACAACAACCUGCAGGAUUCAGGAGUGAAGCAGCUGUCUGUUGGACUUGGGAGUCCACAAUGUAGACUUGAAACUCUCAGGCUGAGUGUCUGUGACCUCUCAGAGAGGGGAUGUGAAGCUCUGUCCUCAGUUCUCAGCUCCCAGUCCUCUAGUCUGAGAGAGCUGGACCUCAGUAACAACAACCUGCAGGAUUCCGGAGUGAAAUAUCUGUCUGUUGGACUGGAGAGUCCACAGUGUAGACUUGAUACUCUCAGGCUGAGUAGCUGUAACCUCUCAGAGAGAAGCUGUGAAGCUCUGUCCUCAGUUCUCAGCUCCCAGUCCUCUCGUCUGCUAGAGCUGGACCUGAGUAACAACAACCUGCAGGAUUCAGGAGUGAAGCGGCUUUCUGCUGAACUGAAAAGUCCACGCUGUGUCCUUGAAACUGUCAGGCUGUCAGGCUGUCUGAUCACAGAGGAAGGCUGUACUUCUCUGGUCUCAGCUCUGGACUCCAACCCCUCCCAUCUGAGAGAGCUUGACUUGAGCUACAAUCAUCCAGGAGGCUCAGGAGUGAAGCAGCUGUCUGCUCGACUGGAGGAUCCAGGCUGGAGACUGGACACUCUCAGGGUGGAGCCUGCUGGAGUCCGAUGGUUGACACCAGGUCUGAGGAAGUAUUCCUGUGAGCUCACAGUCGACACAAACACAGUCAGCAGUGAGAUCAAACUGUCUGACAACAACAGGAAGAUGACACAUGUGAAGGAGGAUCAGUCAUAUCCUGAUCAUCCAGAGAGGUUUGACUGGUGUCCUCAGCUGCUGUGUAGAACUGGUCUGACUGGUCGCUGUUACUGGGAGCUCAAGUGGAGAGGAGAUGUUUAUGUAUCAGUAAGUUACAAAAGAAUCAGGAGGAAAGGAGACAGUGAAGACUGUUUGUUUGGAUGUAAUGAUCAGUCCUGGAGUCUGUGGUGCUCUGGUGGUGGUCAUUACUCUGUCUGUCACAAUAACAGAGAAACACCCAUCUCCUCCUCCUCCUCCUCCUCCUCCUCUGGUAGAGUAGCAGUGUAUGUGGACUGUCCUGCUGGCACUCUGUCCUUCUACAGAGUCUCCUCUGACUCACUGAUCCACCUCCACACCUUCAACACCACAUUCACUGAACCUCUUUAUCCUGGAUUUGGGUUCUUCAGGUUCAGUCCUGUUUCUGGUUCCUCAGUGCGUCUGUGUGGUGUUUAGUGUGCAGAGUCUCCUCCUGUCACAGAAACAUUGUCAGUGCUGAACAGUUGAGUCUGUACAGGAUCACAGUCACAUCAAUCUUUCAGCUUCUUGUAAUAAAUUCAUCAUCAACUUUGUACAAAAUGAUUCAAACUGAUUGAAAAGAUUCAUUUACAUUUGAAACUUCUUCCAUUAAAUUGUGGAAAUUGCGUUGACUUGUACUUUCUGUCAUGUGUUGUUUUGAAUUCUGGCUCUUGUUCCAAUAAAAUCCACAACUAUCAGUGAAAUGUAAGAAACAGAAAACAUUGACUCGUCUGCAGCUUUAAUUGUAAAGAGUCGUCGUGAACAAAGUUAUAAAUGGACAGUAAAAUCUGAUCAAAUGUACUCGACACUCCACCUGAAACACUCUGACUUGUUUCAUGUGUUUCUAAUGAUGAAACUAAAAGUUUGAUGGUGUUGGUUAACACAUGUAAUUAUGUCCAUAGUGACAGAGUCAUAAACUGCACAACAUCUCUUCAUUUCUGUCUGAUUAUUAUAUGAGAAGAAAACACAUUUUAAUGACAAUCAUUGUGUUUCUCUCAGUGUUUUGUGGCUGUUGAAGUCCGGCUGUAUUUUCAGGACAUUUUUGUUUAAAUGUGACUUUGUUUGUGAAACGAUCAGCUGACGAGUUUAUAAUCAGACUGAAAGAUGUCGCACUGCAUCACUGAAAUGUUUCUCCUCUGCUGAAGUAGCUGAAUAUAAAAGUCUACUUGUGUCCUCAUCAUGUUGUCUGUCAGUGUGGAAACUGUAAAUAAUUCAUAUUGUUUUCAUGCUAUAUUAAAGGAACCAGAACACA